AUGAUUCUUUCAAUCCUUGGUCUUGGUUGCUUGCUUUGUGUUGUCGUCUCAGGCUUCAAGACGGCUACCGUUGUUGGUUCGGGUCCAGUUGGAUUGGCGUCAGCUCUUGUGUUGGCCAAGCGACAUGGAUACCAAGUUACCGUUCUGGAGUCAGCGGAGCGCAUUGAUGUAUAUGAUCCACGCAAGGGGUAUCCAUUUCUGAUUGGUGAGCGAGGCCAACGUUUGACCAAGCUCUUUCCAUCGUUACUCCAUGAACCACUGAAGGAACGCGGUGUGGGCGUGCAAGGACCUACCCAACUAGUUUCCAUCCCCGCCGACCCUAAGGAGGUGGUAGACUUGGAACCAAAGGAGAUUACGAUUUUUAGACCCAGUGGGGAAAGGUUCUGGGUCCCACGACAUGAGUUCACCAAGAUUUUGCUGGAUGCAGCUACAAAAACGGAGAAUAUCACUCUGGUUAAUGGAGUUUCCUGUCGAGGCGUCAAGACUGAAUCAGACUCGGAAAUUAUCGUUUGCACAGAAUCGAAGGAUGAAUAUGGAUCACUGGUGCGCAAGGAAUACAAGUCCUCCAUCCUCAUUGCAGCUGACGGUAUGAACUCGGCUGUCCGAGAAUCAUUGAGCAAGCCGGAAUCUUCACUUUCCAACUGGGUCAACGGGAAACCGAAAGGAUUCCAAGUCAAGAGAUGGAACUCGCCUUCCUCUGGCUUAAAGUUCAAGACCCUUCACAUGAACCCAAAGGCUAAGAUUCCGGUUGGUGAUGGUACUGAGUAUCAGAUUCCAUUCAACACUCAAACGUUCCAUGCUCUUCGAUCACAAUUCAAGUCUCCAAAAACAGCCAUGUCGUUGGGGAUUUUGCCUUGUAGGGAGGUUCCAUCCCGUGCGAUGAACGUCAUUCGUCUCGCCAAGCACGACAUUUGGGAGAUUCGCGAUGGCAACAAGCUCAAGGAAUGGUUUUCUGAAGCAUUUCCUCGUCUAGACUUCGGAUCCGAUACCCCCAUGAUCGAGCAGGAAGAGUUUGAUCGUUUUGCUGCUAAUGAUGGUCUGACGUUGCCUCCCGUCCAGUAUUCUCCCGAGUUGCAGGUUCAAUCGCACACAGGAAACGCUGCCGUUAUCAUAUUGGGAGAUGCAGCACACACAUUUCCACCAGACCUUGGCGAGGGUGUCAAUUCAGGGCUCGAGGAUGUCGUAGCACUAGAUGAAGCCUUGACGAACAACGAGACGCCAGGAGAAAUGGCAACUUCGUAUGCCAAGGCUCGAAAGCCAGAGACGAAAGCUCUUGUCAAGAUUGCGACACAUGGAGCUCCAUUCCAAUACGGUCAAUCAGGAGGCCUCUUGACUGUCAAGAGGAUUCUUUGGACUCUCAACUUUGGCGCUCGCUUGAUCCUCAACAAAUUGUCGUUUGGACUCACUCCUCCUCAGCUAGCAAUCCAGAUUUCGCAAACAAAUCUGGCCUACAGUGUCGUAUGGAAGCGAGCUCAAAUGCUGACGUUGACUUUGUGGAUGGUAUUCGCCGGAAUAAUGGCACGAGCCUUUGGACUUCUGUAG